UAACCUUGCUAAUGUUCGAAAGUGCAAAAAAGAAUGAAGGAAUGGUUGAUCAGAAAUUAUUCAAGACCGCAAAAAGGUACGGUUUUGAUAGUGUAUAUUUUGACGAAUGCAGCAUCCAGUUGUUGGAGAAUUAUAUAAAGUACGUACGACCCCUCCUAACGCCAACUUGCGAGUAUGUGUUGGUAAAUCGAAAUGGAAAACAAUUUCAGAAACUUACAGGUGUUUUCAGUGUUUUGGUGUUUGAAGCUAUUGGUAAAUACAUUCACCCUACUAGAUACAGACAGAUUAUCGAGACGGGAAGUGCACAGGUUCUUUUACCAAACGAACAGAAAUGGAUAUCUGAAGACCAAAAGCAUAGCUCUAACGUUGCACGUGUUCACUAUCAAAAGAAAAGAUCUCGAGAAGUAGCGAUGAGAGGACGCCAGUGCAUGCAAAAAUUACUUCACAGGAGUGUUCGCUUUAAAUCUAAAGAAGACAAUUGUAUACGACUGGGCAUUGCGAAAUUUGGUUUACGUUGGACAACGAUAUUACGCGAUCCUGAAUAUCAUUUUAAUGCAUGUCGUGUUCCAAAUAGUUUAAGAAAAAGGGCUGAAGACUUAAAAUUAGUGUGCCCUCUUAAUGUACAGCGUUAA